AACGCCCACACUUACCAUAUAUGGGCAUGGAAGUGACAGGUGUGGCAGGUGAUCAGUCAGCGAGACUAGCCGUGAAGUUCAGUCUGCGUGAUCCUCCAGCCGCCAGCCACUUGCCUCCAUCGCAGUGCUCCCCCCAUGCAGCAGGCAUUUCCCUGAAGCUGCUACCAUGUCACAAGUCAAAACACCAGUUACAAAAGUGCUCAAUAAAACAACCCCAGGCCUUCAGAUAUGGAGGAUAGAGAACAUGGAGAUGGUUCCAACACCACCAAAGACUUACGGGCAGUUCUUUGAGGGGGACAGCUACAUCAUCCUAAACACCCAGAAGUCCAGCAGCAGCUUCACGUAUGAAAUCCACUUCUGGCUGGGCAGGGAGACAUCACAGGAUGAGCAGGGGGCGGCAGCCAUAUACACCACGCUGAUGGACGAGCACCUGGGGGGCGUGCCCGUGCAGCACCGUGAGGCCCAGGGCUGUGAGAGCGACACAUUCCGGGGCUAUUUCAAGCAAGGAAUCAUGUACAAGAAGGGCGGCGUGGCAUCGGGCCUGAAGCAGGUGGAGACCAAUAUUUACAACAUCCGUCGACUGCUGCACGUCAAGGGGAAGAAGCACGUUGUGGCCGGAGAGGUGGAGGUGAGCUGGGCCAGUUUUAACAAGGGCGAUGUCUUCCUGCUGGACCUGGGCAACCUGAUCAUCCAGUGGAAUGGACCCUUGAGCAACCGCAUGGAGAGACUCAAGGGCAUGAACCUAGCCAAGGACAUUCGGGACCGUGAGAGGGGUGGCCGGGCAAAGGUGACUGUGGUUGAGGGUGACGAUGAGAAGGCCUCUGAGGACGCCAUGAAGCUCAUAAAGCAGGUCCUUGGGGAGAGGCGGGAGCUCAAGGAUGCCAUCCCCGAUGAGGUGGUGGACCAGAAGCUGAAAUCCAGUGUGAAGCUCUUCCAAAUCACAGAUGCUGAGGGGAACAUGGUGGUCCAGGAGGUGGCCACCAAACCUCUGACCCAAGACUUGCUCAACCACGAGGACUGCUACCUGCUAGAUCAGGGAGGAAUCAGAAUCUUCAUCUGGAAAGGAAAGAAGGCUUCCAAGACAGAGAGGGCUGAAGCUUUGAAUAAAGCAGAGGCAUACAAGAAAGCAAAGGGCUACCCUCCCUCAGUCAACGUGGAGAUGGUGAACGAUGGUGCCGAGUCAUCAGUGUUCAAGCAGCUGUUCCAGAAGUGGACCGUCAAGGGCCAAACAGUGGGACUGGGAACAACACAUACACGGGGCAAAAUAGCCAAGGUGGAGCAGAUCAAGUUUGACGCCACGUCCAUGCAUGCCAAGCCUGAAGUGGCUGCACAGCAGAAGAUGGUGGAUGACGGCAGCGGUGAGGUGGAGGUAUGGCGGAUAGAGGACAAUGAGAUGGUCCCCGUUGACAGAAAGUGGCUGGGCCACUUCUAUGGGGGUGACUGCUACCUGAUGCUGUACAAGUACGAGGUCAGCAAGAAGCUCCACUACAUCCUCUACAUCUGGCAGGGCCGGCAUGCUACCACUGUGGAGCUGACAGCAUCCGCUUACCAAGCUGUGAUCCUGGACCAGAAGUACAAUGGGGAGCCAGUUCAGGUCCGAGUGCCCAUGGGCAAAGAACCACAGCACCUCAUGGCCAUUUUCAAGGGCAAAAUGGUCAUCUAUGAGGAGGGAAGCUCCCGGGAAGGAAGCAAGCAGCCACAGUCUAGUGCCAGGCUCUUCCAUGUUCAAGGCACCAAUGAGUUCAACAUCCGUGCCACUGAGAUGCCGGCUCGCUGUGCCAGUCUGAAUUCCAAUGAUGUAUUUGUGCUCAAGACAGACAUCUGUUGUUACCUAUGGUAUGGAAAGGGCUGCAGUGGAGAUGAGAGAGAGAUGGGGAAAGCCCUGGCAGACAUCAUCUCCAAGAGGGAGAAACAUGUGAUUGCUGAAGGCCAGGAGCCUGCAGACUUCUGGGUGAACCUGGGAGGGAAGUCUCAGUAUGCCAACAGCAAGAGGCUACAGGAGGAGAAUCACAACAUUUCACCCCGACUGUUCGAGUGUUCGAAUCAGACUGGGCGCUUCCUGGCUACAGAGAUCACAAACUUUACCCAAGAUGACCUGGAUGAGGAUGAUGUCAUGCUGCUGGACAUCUGGGACCAGGUGUUCCUAUGGAUUGGGAAAGGUGCCAACCAGACUGAGAAAGAUUCGGCAAAUACUAUGGCACAGGAAUACUUGCAGACUCACCCAGGGGGUCGUGACAUAGAAACGCCCAUUCUGCUGGUCAAACAAGGGUUUGAGCCUCCCACCUUCACAGGCUGGUUCCAUGCCUGGGAUGCUCAAAAGUGGAGCGAUGGGAAAUCUUACGAGCAGCUGAAAGCAGAACUCGGAGACUCUACUGAAAUAAUCAAGAUUACAAUGGAUGUAGCAAAACCGAGCAACUCCACCAUGGUGCAGAACUCCAUUAGCACAACCCUCCCUACAUUCCCUGCAGACAAACUAAUGAACUGCCCAACGGAGAACCUGCCGGAGGGUGUGGAUCCCACCAAAAAAGAGGAGUACCUCUCCAAUGAGGACUUCACCAAGGUCCUGGGCAUGGCACGACCUGAAUUCUACUCCAUGCCGAUUUGGAAACAGAAGAACCUGAAGAAGCAGAUGGGCCUUUUUUAGAGCUGGCAGCAGCAGAACAGAGCCUAAGACAAGCCUGCUGAAGAGCAUAAAACCAAAAUAGCCUGUGGUUAAAGUAUAAUUAGUAUCACUGUGACUUAAGUGUUGCAGCACUCACAGAAGUACUUCUGGUGCAAAAUGUGAACUCUGUGUUGCCUGACGAGAAUAUUUAAGCAUAUAAAUGCAUGAGAAAAUCAUAUGACCUUCUGUAAUUCUCUGGAAAUGUAAGAAUGUAGCAUUUUUGUACUACUAGUGUUAAUCAAGUUUUCUAAUGAGACCCUCUGUGGUAAACUGUAAUUCCAGCCCACAUCAGUAGAUCUAGUCUGUCCCUAUGACUUCCCACCUAUACCAGCAGAUAUACUAUACCACUAGAUGAUCCACCCUACAAUAGUAGAUUCAACCUACACCUGCAAAAUCUAACGAUUCUUUGCUUUGACUUUCUGCCUUAACCCCAUCUUCUAGGGAAUUUACGGUGUUAUAAUAUGAUGUCAGUUACUAGGAGUAAUUCACAUAGUUCAAGUCUAAUGACCUUUCUGAAGUCAUAAAUAUAAUCUCAUUCCCAUGUUUUGCUACAUGUUGGUUUUUCCCUCCUCUUCUCAUCUGUGAACUCUGAUCAUUGUUUUCAUUGCCACGGGUUAGCUCUUCACCCAAUCUCCAAGUCAUAUGGUCCCAAUUGCUGCCGUGAUUGGAGCCGAUGCUGAAUGCAAAUAAAGUUACACAAACAUGC